AUGAGUGGCGGGGUUGACAGCUCUGUUGCAGCUGCCUUGCUCAAGCAGCAAGGGUUCGACGUGACAGGUAUCUUUAUGCACAAUUGGCAGGAUGAUAGCAAGUCACCUGGUGGCUGCAGCUCCCAAAAAGAUUGGCGUGACGUACAAAAAGUAGGAGAUCACCUCAGGAUCCCUAUAGUCCGAGUCGAUUUAAGCAAAGACUACUGGGUUCGCGUCUUCGAACCAGCAUUGCGACAAUUUGAACAAGGUGCGACGCCUAAUCCUGAUGUUGCUUGCAAUUCCGAGGUGAAGUUCGGUGUUCUGCAAGAGGAGAUUGCCAAACGGCGCUUAGUGAGUGCCGGCGAACGGUGGUGGUUCGCCACAGGCCAUUACGCGCGAGCUGUCUUCGACUUCCGAGAGGGCAAAACACAUUUAGUCAGGCCAGCGGACAGCAGUAAAGAUCAAACAUACUUUUUGUCGACCAUCUCACAGGAAGCGCUAUCAAGAACGUGCUUUCCGCUUGGACACCAUACAAAGAACCAAGUCAGGGCCCUUGCAAAAGAUUUCGGCUUACAUGUCGCUAAGAAACCAGAUUCACAGGGACUGUGUUUUGUAUCACCGGAAACGAGUCGCUUUCGCGACUUCCUGUCAUCUUUUUUGAAGCGCAGUGAGGUUAAGUACGUCGAUACUCAAGGGAACUUGCUCUUGACUGCGAACACUGGACUUUGGUCAGCUACAAUUGGAGAGAGGUCUGGUGUCCAACUAGACCAGGGAACACCGCACUUGCAGGGCAAGUGGUUCGUCGCAGAAAAAGACGUGGAGCAGGCGACAAUCACUCUCGUGAAGGGCGCAGAGCAUCCCAAAUUGUACAAGAUGGGUGCUGUUUCAUCAGAUUGGUCGUGGAGCAACUAUCCUGGACUACCCGAAAAUCUCUGCGUGCAGCUGCGACAUCUACAGGAGCCAGUGCCUUGCAUUGUACAUGACUAUGGUUCAGGCAAAGUUGGCGUAUUCUUCCAAACGCCGCAACGCAGUGUUGUGCCUGGCCAGCACCUAUCUGUGUACUCUGGCGAUGUCUGUCUAGGCGGAGGCACUAUUCUCUACAGUAUUGAAGGCAUGCGCGACGUGAUUGAAGCUCUCAAUGCGAGCCGUUGGGAUAGUUUGCUGGCAAACUGA